CACUUCACUUGAGCACCUACUUUGAGAUCUUUUCUGUGUUUCCAGGGAAAAUUUUAUCAAAAAGAAAUGCGCCGGAGGUUUUGACAGCAUAUCAGCAAGAUCUGGAAGCUAAAGUGAAUUUUUCAAAAUAACUUAUAGUUUCUUUUUCUUUUCAAUCAUUUUUCAAUUACCAUUCCAACUAACUCCAAAAUUUAGUGCCAAACCUGUUCGACCAAAAUCUAAAAUCGAUGCAGUCCAUUCAUUCUCCCUGAAUCCAUUAGGCAAACCCCCCAACUCUUGAAAAAAAAGCUCAUCUGAAUACUAUAGGGCUGAAUAAGAUGAAGUUGGCAUAGUUGAGGCCGAAUCAUUUAACUUGAGCACCUGUUUUGAGAUCUUUUCUGUGUUUUCAAAGAAGAUUUUAUCGAAAAGAAAUGUGGAAAGAGGUUUGGACAGCAUAUUAGUAAGAUUUAGAAGCUAAAGUGGAUUUUCCAAAAUAACUUAUAGUUUCUUUUUCUUUCCAAUCAUUUUUCAAUUACCAUUCCAGCUAACUUCAAAGUUUAGUGCCAAACUUGUCCAACCAAAAUCUAAAGCCGAUGCAAUCCAUUCAUUCUCACCUAAUCCAUUGGGCAAGCCCCUCAACUCUUGAAAAAAAAACCCAGUUGAAGACUAUCAGGCUAUAUAAGAUGAAGUUGGCAUAGUUGAGGCCAAAUCACUUAACUUGAGCAUCUGCUUUGAGAUCUUUCUUGUGUUUCCAGAGAAGAUUUUAUCGAAAAGAAAUGUGCAGGGAGGUUUGGACAGCAUAUCAACAAGAUCUGGAAGCUAAAGUAGAUUUUCCAAAAUAACUUAUAGUUUCUUUUUCUUUCCAAUCAUUUUUCAAUUACCAUUUCAGCUAACUCCAAAAUUUAGUGCCAAACCUGUCCGAUCAAAAUCUAAAAACAAUGCAGUCUAUUCAUUCUCAUCUAAUCCAUUAAUCAGCAGGUUUUGUUGACUAAUAGCUAAACCUUAAACCCCCACCCAAAAAAAAAAGGAAAAAGAACAAAUAAAUGCUCAAUAGCUAACCAAAGAUCGAAAAGAAGUCCACAAAAUAAACCACCUCCAACUUAUCUGGUCUUUGUUAAUGGCAAACUUUUCAACAAUGCUUUGCCUUUGUUGUAGAUAACAAAGGAAUAAAUGAUUGUGUUCAUACUUUUAAAUGUCAAGACAGAAGAAGAGCAAUCAUCAGUCAACCACAUUAACCUUUCUUUUGUUUGAGGAAACAACAAGCCCCUUGGCCCCCUAAUUAAACCCAAAUUUGUACCUGUUUAACAACUCAAUUAGUUUUGCAUAAACCAUGUGAACAUCCCUGACUAGACUACUCAAAUUUGGUAAUUUACCAAACUGCAACUCCCUAACAAAUGGCAGGUGAGUUUGCAAUCACAUGGCUGGACAAAUGUACGGUCCAACCUACUAGGGCCCACAUAGCACAGACACAACACAAAAAACACACUGUGAGAAGUCUUAGACCUGGUGCCCAUGUCCUUUACUCGUCAUGUCUAAGUUGUCUUGGUUUUUUUAAUCUGUUUUUGUCUUAAAAAAAAUCCUCUUCCAUACUUCCGUUCCUUAUAACAUCAGUUAAGAAGUCCCACAGGAUUCUCUCUUUGCCUAUCUUUCCCCCCUUUUUUCUUUUCUACCCUUUUUUUUUUCUCUGAGUACAUGCGUGAGACACCAGAUAAUAAUUGUAUCUUGUCGAACCAGCAACAUCCAUAAUAGCAAAUCAUCAACCCCCUCACCUGAUUUCUGUUCCAUUUCACAGGGCAAAACUUGUAAUUCAUUUAUGAUGGCCGUUGACCUAAACAACUCUGAGUUAUUGCUUCCUUCUCAGUUUUUCACUCCCCAAGACCUUCAUGGUCUCUCACUGGAUAACAGCAACAGUAGCAGCAACAAACCCAUCAACCAAAACGCCUCUUAUUAUGUAUUUGGCUCAACUGAUUCCUGGUCUGAGUUUAGUUCACCUAUUGGCUCUGAGCUGAGUUCAAGCUCAACAGAGAGCAGUGAAGAGGAAGACGAUUACAGUGGUGAGUUGACUCGCCAGAUGGCUCAAUACAUGCUUCAAGAUGAAGAUAAACAUGAAAAGUCCUGGGGUUUGGCUGGUUCACCAGAAUCAACGCUCUGGUCACAGCUUUGGUCGAACCUUUAUAGUCCUGUUGGGCCAUCUAGGGGGCCAUCUCCGCCAUUGACACCUGUGGUUGGGAAUUUUGAAAAGAUGAAGAUAAAUGAAGAAACAGCCAGAUAUAACCAAGGUGAGAGAUUUAUAAGCACAUCCACGUCAAUCCAAGUAUCCAGGAGUAACCCAUAUGCUAGAUUUCAAUCAAAGCGAACCCUUGUUGAUGAUCAAAUAAGAGCUAUCCAAUUUCACAGGCUUAAACAAGAGCAAGCUCAGAAGCAAAUGGAACAAAAGCCAAGGGUUAAACAUUAUCAAAGCAAAGGGAGAGUCUUCAGUGACAAUGGCCAAAAAGCUGCCUCAGACUCUAAUAAUCCCUGGUAUACUCGGCAGCAGCAGCAGCAGCAGCAGCAACAACAACAGAGCAACCAACAAGCCGGUUCUGAUAUGAGGGCGGUUUUCCUUAAUGCAUCCGGUUCAAGAAAUGGUUCUUGUGGGACUGGUGUCUUCUUGCCUCGUGGAAUAGGAACUCCUUGUGAGUCACGCAAGAAACAAGGAUGUGCCACAGUUCUGAUUCCCGCAAGAGUACUUCAGGCCCUGAAGCUCCACUUUGAGAAAACAGGGGUCCCAUCAAGGUUCAAUAGUGGUUUCCCUCUUGAACACGAUGCUUCUGUGAGUGGGAGGAAUAGCAUGUAUUCACAGCAAAAGCGCCAGCCCAGGACGGUGCCGGCUUUGAACCAUCAAGACGUUGGUCUACCUCAGGAAUGGACAUAUUAAAAUGAGAACCCUCUCAAGCACACGGGGUUGCUUCUCACUUCUAAUUUUUCAUUUAAGCUAAAUGAAGGGAACAGAACAAGUUCAAGGCAGAAUAAAGAGGAAAAGAAAAAAAAGACACAGCGAUCAAGUACAGGGAAUCUACUGAGAGUAGGACAAACUAAUAUUACUUAUACGGUUAAGAAAUAUGUAUUUUUCAUUUUUUUUCCUUUUCUAAUUUUGGGGUUUGAAGUUAGAUGGGCAAAUAAAAUAAAUACAUACAGUCUUUGUUUCCUCUGGCUAGCUGGCUGGCUGGCUGGCUGGCUGGCUCAAGUCUUUGUAAGCUUAUUGAGUAUGUCUUUCUUUAAAUCCUUGUAAUAAAAUCAGCUAUCAGCAAUAUGAACUUCCUUUGGUAUCU